AUGACAUUCCUCUUCUCCAUUCGACCAGUUCAUGCAGCAUACUCAACUUCAUCCAAAGGAUGGAUGAUGCGGCAGGCCAAGGAUCCUUACGUUAAGGCUGCAAAGGCCAAUAUGUACCGUGCCAGGAGUGCAUUCAAAUUAAGCCAGAUCGAUCAAAAGUACCGUGUGAUUCCACAUGGAGGUGUGGUAGUAGACUGUGGGGCUGCUCCUGGAGGUUGGACCCAGGUUGCUGUGGCUAAAGCCCAGAAAAAGGGACUCGUUGUUGCAGUUGACUUGUUACCAAUGGACCCUGUCUCAGGUGCCCAUUGCAUAAAGGGAGAUUUCAUGUCGCUCAAGGUUCAAAACAAGGUCAAGGCAUUGUUGGGUCGCCGCAAAGCAGACCUGGUUUGUUCAGAUAUGGCACCUAGUUUUAUGGGAAAUCACAUGGCUGACCACGCAAGAUCCAUGGAAUUGUGCGAAUCUGCUCUCACAUUUGCACAAACAGUCUUGGCAACUAAUGGAUGUUUUGUAGCAAAGUUUUUGAUGGGUGGAACAGAAGUAGAAUUUAGACGUAAAUUGCAGACAAUGUUUUUAAAGGUAAAGCAAGAGAAACCGGACGCAUCACGGAAACAAUCGACCGAAGGUUUCUUUGUUGCUCUUGGUUACCGUCCUAUAAAACAAUCAAAAGAAGAAGACGAAGAAGACGAAGAAGAAUCAGGAUUAAGAUUAGAAUCAGGAUUGGGAUUAGGAUUAGAAGUAAAAGUAGAAACUGAAAUAGAAGUAAAGGAAAAUGAGCAAAAAGAUCAAAAAGACAGUGAAGAAGCAGAAUUCAACUCAAUUCAACCCAAAAAACACAUCUUGUAA